CAGGAGGAUCAGGACGUGCCUCAUCUUCCAGUACUGCUUUGGUCGUUUCAACGACAACCGCCUCACCUACUGUGUUCGCCAGAGGCGAAGUACAACAUUUUGAUACUAUCACCAGCAUUCAAUAUGGACCUGCUUAUGAUUCACGGAGUUCCUCGUCCUCCUCUACUUAUACACAAAUACCGCAUGGUGCACAUAGCAGUGGUAUCUCUAGCGAGUGGAGCCUCAUUCUCUCGGAUGUAUGGUUGCAGGAGGGGCCCUGUGUCCCCUACUGGGAAACAGAGUGCCCGGCAUUGGAUGUGAAGAGCUUGUUCCAUCAGACUGAGGUACCAUUUGGUCUAGAACUCAAUCUUAAUGAACAUAUUUCAUCGAUCAAAGAUAGAAUCUUGAAACAUUUGGAUACAUCACCCACUCAAUAACAACAAAGUCAGGUUUUUCUCGAUCACGAUGUUAGUUGCGAAUAUCUCUUUUUCGGGGACUGGUAUGUCACGGCUUUCCCCAUGCAGCGCAAGUGCGCUGACCCUCGCAUCGACCUCUGUCUCUUUUCGACUGCGCAUCGUGCGGUUACACUGUUUGGGAGUGGCGGCUUGACGUCCUCGUUCCAAAAUUUGGAACGACAUGAUCAUGCUUCAUCUAUUAUGCUGCCUACACUUGGCGGAGGUCCAACUUCAUCAAGUCCAUCCUGGCAAACGUUGGUGCAGGGCCCACCAAGAAGACGGAUCUUGACGAUUGAGGAAUAUCGGCAGCAAGUCUGCGCACUAGACCGGUACCGACCAGCGUUGACGCCAGUUAGCUAUUACAAGUAUCCCUGGCUAAAACAAUGGCUGACGGUCCGAGCAAGGUACUGCGAGGCAAUGCUUGACGAGGGACUUUUGGGACAACGCGAAACAUGUGGUACUAUUCGUAUUUUGUCUAGAGAUUGAUGUGCUACUCCUGUUUGAUGAAACUAAAAGUAUUAGUUGCUGAUGUUGAAAAACAAGAACUUCUACGUUUGUGAUCCGAUUAUGGGUACCGUCAACCCAUCUUUUACACCAUCUUUCAGCCAAUUCCUUCUUGGAAUAGGCUAAAAGAUGUUCUAAAAGAUGGGUUGCCGGUCCCUCUAAUCCGAACUCCUCCUCUUGAUACAUAAUAGGUCGCGAGCCUCCUGCUCUGCUGGAACUCGCUGCUCCCGCCUCGUACCGAGAGGUGUGGCCUCCACAGGUAAGAGGGAUGCAAUUUUAUCUUGGCCAAUCGUUCUGGCGCGAUGGAUCUGAGUGGGAAAAAGGCCGUUCCGAAGCCUUUCCUCACCCCUUCUUGCAGCGUUGUGGCUAUGCUGUGCCUGAUAGCAUCGAGCCUGAGUUUGCACCGAGCGAUGAUCCUUCCUCUGUGUCAUCUACGACGACGGCUGAUAGUGGACGGACGUCUGCAGGAGAAGCAGCCUCCUCCGCAGAGCCAAAGGAGAAGAUUCCAGUUCGUUUUCGCUUAAGGAUGGCGAAAGGGCAGACGUAUCGAGGUCGGAUCUACGGGCAAAAGCAUUUGCAGUGUAGUAGAGUGGAACCAUUUUUCGCUUGCAAUGCUUAUCGGGCCUCAGAAUGGUCGGUGAUCUGGAAGCAUUUCGGACCAGGGGUCUGCUCGACCCUAUAUUCGAUACCAGAGGAGAGUUUUCACCAACGUGUUGACGCAACUUCUGCAGACAGAAGCAGUACUGCACAAGAAUUACAAGAACAACCUCUACUUAGAAGUUCAUCUUUCAGCAUUAACGACGCACGAAGACGGCAAGUCGCUAUGCGUGGAGCUUUCUUGCGUACGAGAGACGCCAUGCUGAAAAGAUUGAAUGAUACACGAAGCAGUGGUGGUGAGGGUUGCGUGAUAAUGGCAAACUUGACCAGUGGGGAGAUAAUCAACGGUACUAGUGGAAGUAGUGGGUCGGGGGCACUGGGAGAUGGAGAAAACGCUACUUCCGGUGAAAAUGAAGCUGAUACGGCUAAAGACAGCAAGCGAUCGCUGAUGGGUGGUAUCUUAGACGCGAUUUUGGGGUCGUCCACAAGCAGCGAACAAGAAAGCACGGUCAACACGACAGCAGGGGCAACUUCUGGUGUUGAAAAGGACAGCGUAGCGGGUACUGCAUUAGAAGGUGCCACGGAGCAGAAAUCAAGUGGGGCAGAUGCUUCACCAACUGCUGACGAUUCCGGCGGAAAGGACAUCAGUGAAGAUAGCGCUUCAUUGAGUCCCUCAACAACUAGUACUGAUGAGACUACUUCUGCGACAUCCGAGACGCCUAGUACCACUGAAGGUGAUGCAACCAACGAUGAGCAACAAGAUAAUGAGCACGAAGGUAAUGAGCAAGAAGACGACGAUGAAGAGGAUGAAGAACAAGAGGAUGAAGAUCAAGAGAACAAUUACCCGUUUGGGACCUCAAAUGUGAAUGUCAUAACUCUCGAGGAGUACGACCUGAUGACUAGGAGUAAUUCCUGGCAAACAACAAGGUUCAUUUCGACGCAUGGUCAUAGCAGGGCAUCUACUUCAUCAACAAGCAGAUACGCGGAUGAAGAUAGCACUCCAACAUCUUCAACAGUUGCAGACCAGGAUCUAGACACACUGGCUGACACGCAUGAAGCGUUUCUUGCUACGCUGAAUGACACGGAGUUAGACGCUUACUUAGACGCGCAUGCGCCGCGGCAACAACCAGUGGACCCGGCAGCGCAAGACGCGUGGUUCAGCGAUGCCUUAGACGCUUUUGCCCCGUAUGAAUCCGUCUCAGAAAAAGGCGUAAUGAAACCUAGGAGUAAGGAGCCAGAGCCGCGUUUUAUUACUGAGGGGAUCAAUAUGACGGAGAUGCGGACCAUGGAGACCGAUUACGCCUCCCAGAGUGCGGGUGCUAAGAUCUUGGCGUCUUCAGAUGGGACCCAAGGCGCGGGUCACAUCCUCAAGUCCGAUCCUUCCGCGUACAUGCUCUCACCGUGCAGUGUACGAGGUGCUUGGUUUGUUCUAGGUCUGCCAGAGUACAUCUCUUUGGAGAAAGUUGGCUUUGUGAGCCUCGAGUUUUUCGCGAGUCAGUUCCGACAUAUCCAGAUUCUAGGCAGCAGCAGCUAUCCCGCAGAGCGGUGGCGGGUGUUGGCGGAGGUGGAGCUAAGCUUGUCCGAAACUCAGCAGGUCUUUGACGUGAACAAGCGGUGCAGUCGACAAGAAAACGGCUGUUGGGUUAGGUUCCUCAAGGUGCGCGCGCUGUCCCACUACGAUUUGGACGGUUCCGUCUACUGCGCUCUGACGAAAAUCCAGGUAUUUGGGUCUACUGUGCUGAAAGAUUUAGAUAAGCAACUGGAGAAAGAGGACGUGGAAUUAGCGAGCCAGAACUUGCCAGUACCUAGUGUGGGCGACUUGUUGGGUGACUACCACGAACGCGACAACUUUUUUUCAACGGAGCCCGACUUGUUUCUGCGACGUGUCGGGAUAGACGUGCCUGCGUACUUACGCUACGAUCGUGGUGGAAGUGCGACAUCGACGACAACUGCGACACAACAGCCAGGUGUAGGUGCUGUAGGCAGUGACCAGCAACAAAGAAAAGAAUCGGGAAAGAAUGCUGCUGGCGACGCGUCAGGCGUGGGAGGAAUGUCAACAGCAGGUAGGAAUGUCGUAGUUGGUACAACAAGUGCUGGUGCGGCAGGAGCGACCGUGUCCUCAUCCUCGUCGUCAACGACAGCUGCGCCUUCCUCGUGGUUUUCAAGCGGAACUGCGGCGACCUCGACGGGUGCACCGACACCAGCCGAUAGCGCAGCCGCCGCUGGGUCAGCUACUGGCACAUCAGCUUCGCCUUCGUCUUCUACGAGUGGGGCAGCAGGAGACGGGAGUUCCGCUAGCGACGGCAGUUCCGCGGGUACGACUGGUGCUGCUGGCGCCACAGGAGGAGCUACGACUGCUGUUGGCGUAGCUAGUGGUGCCAUGAUAUCAGGCAGUGGCACUGCUGGUAAUGGUAUUUCCGGAAGCGGACAAAAUCUGGGUGGCGCACUCACAGACGAGCGUCGCAACGGGACUACUAGUGGAUCUGCUUCAUCUAACACAGUAGACAGUGCUAUGUCUGCAUCCUCCGACGCCGAAGACGAUCCUAGUCCUUUCCUUGAAGACGGUGAAAUAUUCACCGGCCCGACCGCAGCUGAGAUAUCAGAGCAGAUUCUGCGGUUCGAAGAUCUAGGCCUAGACCGUAUGAAAACGCAGUUGUCGGACUUGGGCAGGAGUAGCGAUGCAAUGGCAGUACUGAAGCAAAUCGUCAACACCGUGUCGCCUCCUGCUAGUGGCGACGCCAACGGAGACAAGACAGCGGCUCUUAUGAAACAGAUGAUGUCAGUAGUCGGUGGAGGUGAUGCAGCUGCGAAAUUGAUGAUAAUAGAUCCCAAUAGCGCUUAUUAUGCCAACUUGCCACCUGCGGAGCAAAACCUUCGUGCAGCGACCCCGCCAUCACCUGGCGGCGAAAAACCCGCUCUGAUGAGGAUCUUAGAGAACAUCCGAUUGCUAGAAAGUAAGCACAUCGAUUUGUCGAAGUUGAGUCGGAAUAUGCUGGGCAGCAUGCGGAACCAAGAGCUGGUUCUGACGCUGUUGAGCUCUAUACUCCUAACGCUCCACGACCAAACAAAAGAGUACAGGGGAAAGCUGGACAAGGUCCAGAGAGUCUUUCUGAAGGGGAGAGACCAUUGCUUCGAGAGUAUCCUCAACAACCAAGCAGGUGCCUUUGGAGUGACGGGAAUAUCAUCGUCGGGUUUGCGCGCUGGUGGAAACGCAACAAACAACAGCAGCAGUGUAGGAGGAGCAGGAAGUGGUGGUGUAGCUGGUGGCUCAUCUUCAAGUAGUGGAACCAGUAACGGCGCAACAGGAGUCGGGGAAGUUGACCCUUUCCUCUGCUUACUAGAGGCGGCAUUGAACAGCACAGCAGCAGGACUACCGGAUGGCGCAGAAGAUGAUAACAACAUUCUCCAGAGGUUGAGAGACCGUUUAGUUCCUGCCUCAGAAACCUGGCUCAGCGGCAUUUCCUUUACAGAAGACGAAACUCACAUAUCCUUGGAUUUCUACUACCAGAGAAUCCGGGACUACGCUCUUCAAGUGUGGAAAGACACAGAGACGUUGCGUGGUUUGCUAGACCGUCUGUUGUCUAGUAUUUUGUCCUUUUUGGCGUCUGUUUGGUACGUCGCGACGUGGGCGACUGGGUAUCGAAGUGGAGAGUUGAAAACUCCGAUAUUGGACAUUUCCUGGUCUCCAGAGCGCGUGCUCUUGCUCUAUUUAGUCGUUUGUCACGUGUGGUCGGUCUUUCUCCGUAGAAUCUUUGCCACGAUAUGGGCCGUUCUCACUUACCCCUUUGUUGCUAUCGCAGCUGCUGUAAAGGGGAGAGGAGGAGGAGUUGUGGGAAGAGGUGUGCGGACGUUGUCGAGUGCAUCUACAGGAGCUGAAUCAUCUGUGAUGGGCAGCGAGGGUUCAACCUCUCACUUCCUGGCUGGCGGCGAAACAACGGAUGAGCCUCGUAGUCGUGCAUCUAGUGGCUCUUCCUCAAUACAAGCUCCAAGCUCCAGACCAGGCAGCGCAACAAGUAGCCCCCUUCAAGGCGCCACGACUGGUCCCCUGUUCCUCCCUACGACACUUCCGACUAGCAACCGCGUGAAUCACACUCCUCCGUAUUUGUCGCCCGCUACCCCCAUUACCCAACAACACCACAACCAUCUACUACAUCCAUCUGGAGGUCAACAACAAGGGGAACAACACGCCUACGCGCCACCAGGACACGGUGGUCCCACCACCGCAUCCUUAACACCUUCUUCGAAUAACCCAGCCGCCGACACCAGGAGUCGUGUCUCAUCCGCGAGUGCGCACACAGCGCGGAGCUACAUGUCGGUGCCUAGACGUGUGAGUGACGUGUCAAUGGCAACACUGCCAUCGCCAACGGAGCCAGGACAUUUUCAAGGUUCUAUCACCAGACAGCACCACGGGAUCUCGUUUGACAGUGCAGAUAGUGGUGACCCACCUAUAGGACUCCCACCGCGCACCGAUUCUGUGGCGUCCUCCAUCGCAACGCCACAGUUCGGCGGUAGGCCUCUACGGUUUAGGCCAGCUGGAAGCCAGGGAGCAGAAGGAGAGCAAGGACCUCCAGUCUUAGAGGAGACGGAUUUUUGCUUGUCAAGUCCAACACCAACGCCUGUCCUUGUUGUUGCAGAUGGGAAGCACAUGCAUAAAAAUGCGGAUCAUGCACCAGAAUCUUCAGUUAGAAAUAGUGACCUCAAGCUCAACUACGCUUCUCAAAACCUUUACAGGGAAAAAGAAAGUACAAAAACGUCGACAGCCGCGCAAGUAAAGUCUCAACUGCCAAGCAAAGUGAGGGAUCCUAGUGCAGGCCAUGGCAACACGGACGUACCUCCAUCUUCAAAAGAAGUUGUAAACACCGAUCCUUUAGUCAUGCUGCUCAAGAACGGAGGUGCUAGCGGUGCUAAUGGUCUUCAUUAUGCUAGCAACGGUGUAGCAGCUUCCGAUAAUCCGAACAACAGAAACAGUCAUAAUAUUGACUCUUCUUUACAGAGUAGGAGUGCAAGUAACGCAGGUGCGCGAAGUAGUAGUCCUUCAGCGUGGUCCUCUUCUCCGGCAACGUCGUCGAACGGUACUGCGCCUCGUCAACGCUUAGUAGUAAAGGAGAUAGACUUAGUUUCGUCAAAUCCUGUAGCUGCUAAGUCGAGUUCUACAUCUUCCCCAGAUUUCGUGUUGACGACAGAAGAUGUACAGGGAAACGUUGAGGUUGACUCGAAUCGAAGCCUGGAUGUUGGGUUGUUCCACAAGAGCGGCAUGCAUGAUCUUCAUUUACAGCGCAGCGACAGCACGACGCCUUCCUCAACUCCAACGCAGUCAAAACUGCCUUUAGGACAGCCACCCUCCUCUGGCGGCACUAGUAGAAACACUUCGCCGAGAGGGGAGUUUUUAUUCGACUUACAUAUUGGCAAGACGAGCGGCUCCAAGUUAAGAGUCGUUUCCACCAGAUUUAGUUACAUUUCCCCGUAAUAAACCAUCCAUGGCGCUUUUCCUAGUAGAAAAGAAGCCAGGAUAGAUGUUCAGAGGAAUGGAAUUCUGUAACCUCUAACCAAGGAUAUGCGUUCACUCUCUCUGUCCGGUGGCAGUGAAAGCGCUAGCACGAUGACGAUAUCCGGAACUAACGCUGUCCAACUGGCUAAGGAAUUCGCAGAGGCGAAGAAGGCUCGUGACUACAACAGACACACUAGGCCGAGUGCGGCACCGAAGAGUCCUAGUUCAACCUCAAGUGUGCUGGCUGAUGGUCAUGGUCUUAUUUCUUCUAGAAACUACACUUCGACUGGUGGCACUGCUGGUAGUGGUCCCAACGGUCACGCUUCUGGCAGUGAAUAUGCCAGUAGUCCAACGUCGUCUCUUCCUGGAUACAGCGCUAGUGCAGGGAGUAGUACUACUCGUUGUAAGGUAAAUGCUCUAGUAGUAGGCGAUAGUAGUAGUACAACAAGUACAACUUCCGAUAAUAGAAAUGAUGCAACAGCAGGACCACGAGCUCCUGUGAAUGUGACAUCAAGAACAGCACCUGUCCGACGAGGAGGUGGCGGUUCACAAUCUUCUGCUUCGUCAGGAUCUGCCUCAGCCAAUCACGAAGGACCGAGAAACAUGUCGUCUCAGAAUGGACAACAAGUGGAUCGCAGAGGGCGAGGACUAACUGCAGAAGAAGGAGGACCGAAAAAUCCUCCAUCGGUAAAACGACGAGGAGGAAGGAAACAUCAUGUGGGUAAACGCCCACCCGAGAAACCACCAGACUGAUUACCCGAGUAGGCUUCUGUUGUAAAAACUUAAACUUUAUUAGUACUUUCUGCCAGAAAGACUAGACUUUUUAGUAGAUUCAGCUAUUAGAAGUAGUUCUUCUUUGAUACAGCUUGUCAGGAUAGGAGAGGAGGGUUGUCGGAUUUGGAUACCACAUGCUUCCAAACAAAUUGGUAUCUUGAGUAGUAGAGACUGAGACAGCGGAGUAGAUGCUUCUAAAUGGUUUUGCUUGAAGCAAAUCGUUGAAGAGACACUAGAAAGAUCGCGGAGUACUUUGGGUUCUGUUAAGAAACCUCUACAAGAGACUGUAUCGGAAACCUGUACAAAAAACUGUAUCGCAAUGAAUACUAGAAGUAGGUAUUUGCAUUCAUGUUGAUGUUGAUGAAUACUAGAACUAGAGGACGAACUACUAGACUGGAAUCUAGUAUGAUGAGAAUUAGAGGAAGAAGCUUGCUAUCGUUACAGCUACCGGUACAACACUUGCACAUAAGAUGUUAGGCUUAGAGGCGGUAAAACUGUACAACACUUGCACAUGCGAUUUUAGAAGUUGAGGUUCGUUACAGCUACCUGUACAACACUUGCACAUUUCCAGUGAUGUCUAUUUCUAUGGAUUAAGUACUUUCCGAUUCCGAUGAUAUCGUUUGCUACUAUUAAGUAUGUAACUACCGCUUUCUGUGGUUUACUUGAGUGGCAUUUUUCAACGGUUAAACUUGCACAUUUCGCGACUCUUUGCACACUUACAGAAAGAACCAAGAAGAAGGAUGAUGGCCUCUACACAAAGCUGUAGGUGGUCGCUCACACCAAAGAAGAAGGAGAGCCUACACAAAGCCGUAGCAAAAGACUGUCUAACCGUCCGCAGAACGGAGUCCACACUUCCAUGAAGAAGCAAAGGAAAAGGCUUUCAACCCGCAAAAGGUUUGGCAUACAGAGCUACAG